GUUUCUAACGAUUCGGAUUGUGGAGAGGACCUCACGCAACUUUAUGGGUGUUUUCUUCCUGCUCAAACUUGACUUUUUCUGUCCUUAACUUCCCGUUUCUCCUGACUGAUGCUGAUAUCUCUGUGUGAAGCGCCACGUGAAGUCAGAGAUGGAGAAGGCCUUACCAGUGCAGCUGCUUGAAAUGUUGAAGAAAUUGGGAGAGGAGGAGCUGAAGCUUUUCCACUUUUACCUGCAGUAUGAACCUGGAGGUGACUUCACCAAAAUCUAUAAGAGCCUGCUGGAGAACGCAGACAGACUGAAAACGGUCGAAGUGAUGGUGCAGGCAUAUUCAGACCACGUGAUAGAGGUGGCAAGGUCGAUUUUAAAGAAGAUGAAUGCAGAAAGUCCGUCAGCCCAGGAAGUUUCAUCGUGUUUAUCAGAAGAGGCUCUUCAAUGCUGUCGGCUUAAAUUCAAGUCUAACCUGGUAGAGCAGUUCCAGUGUGUGUUUGAGGGGAUCGCUAAAGCAGGAAACCCAACCUUUCUGAAUGAGAUCUACACGGAGCUCUACAUCACAGAGGGAGGGACUGCAGAGGUCAAUGAUGAACAUGAGGUCAGACAGAUUGAAACAGCAUCCAGGAAACCAGACAGACCAGAAACAACAAUCAGACAAGAAGACAUCUUUAAAGCGUCAUCUGGAAGAAAUAAACCAAUCAGAACAUCCUCUAUUCUGAGAGAGCUGGACCUGUGUAACACCAACCUGCAGGAUUCAGGAGUCAAGCUUCUGUCUGUUGCAGUGGAGAGUCCACAAUGUAACCUUGAAACUCUCAGGUCAAGAAUCAAAGCUUUCCACAGAUGA